AUGGUAGUGCGGGUGUUUUUAUCAUAUCCCUUGCGAUUUUUCUUUGUUUAUUUAUUUACUAAAAUUCCAAUAAAACCCAUCGUUAUAUUGUAUACCGUCUCAUUCAUUGUUUGUUUCUUUCUUUUUCUUUUCUUUUUUCUUUCUUUUCUUUACAUAGUAAUUUUUAUCACUUCCUUUACUCUUUCGUCUUUCUUUCUUUCUUUCUUUCUUUCUUUUUUAUAUGUCACUUUAUACAAUUUCCCUUCCUUCUUUCUUUUUCCAUUAUUAUAUUGCAUAAUAUCUCAUUCAUUAUUUGUUUGUUCCUUUUCUUUUCUUUUUUUUCGUUUCUUUUCUUUACAUAGUAAUUUUUAUCACUUCCUUUACUCUUUUGUCUCUCUUACUUUCUUUCUUUCUUUCUUUUUUAUGCGUCUCUCUAUACAAUUUCCUUUCCUUCUCUCUUUUUCCCUUUUCCAUGAUUAUAUUCAAUUAUUAUCACUUCAUUUGCUCUUUUCUCUCUCUCUUUCUUUCUUUCUUUCUUUCUUUCUUUCUUUGACAUGUAAAUUUAUAAAAUUCCCCCUCCUUCUGUCUUUUCCCCCUCUCUCUGUCAGUUUACUCUUUUACUCUUCCUUCAUCUCUUUCUUUUACUAA